AUCGAUUGACAGUGACACUGACUGUAAUGUAAUUUGAAAUGAUUAUGUUUUACAAAUAUUUAAAUGCUUGCACCUAUUUUCAGUUAUAUUCAUUUAUAUUCGUCUCUAUAUUUGUGAAUGUAGCAUCACCAGGAGCAAAUGACUUACAUUUUAAUGAUGGUGCAUCAAUUGCCGAUGUUAUUGCAGGAGAUGUAUUUUUCGAAAUUAUUGAUCCACCCGAGUUGCGAUACUCAUAUCGUAUUAGACCGGCCAAGGAUUUCGGCGCAACCUUCAAUGAAAGUCUUCAGUUUGAGAAAACUCGUCUAGUCCCUACUUUACCACUGCACAGUUGCGGUGAUAUAAUAAAUAAUGAAGAAGUUUUUGGACAUAUUGCAUUAUCUGAAAGAGGAGAAUGUUCAUUUGUUUACAAGACAGUGAAAGCGCAACAGGCUGGAGCUCGGGCCAUCAUUAUAACCGAAUCAGUAGAUAUGUGGGAUGACACAUUGGAUCAUCUUAUAGAGAUGGUGGAUGACAAGAUGGAAUUGAAUGUUAACAUACCUGCCGCUUUCCUCCUAGGUCGAAGUGGUGCAACAAUACUCAGAACUUUAAAAAAACUGAACAGGAGCUAUGCUGUAAUUAAUCUACCAGUUAAUAUGACUCAUGUACCUAUAAACAAAAUGAACCAACCCCCGUGGAUAUCAUGGUAAUGAUUUAAGUAAAUAUUGUACAUUUUGUUUUAGUAUUUAUUAGAGAAAUGUUUUUAAUGUAUAGAUGGACAAAGUUAUCUGAUAAGAGCAUAGGUGACACUAAAUUAUGACAGCUCAGAUAUAAUCAGACUAAAUUAUAUUAUAGACCUACAAGGAUUAUACAGUAGUUGGCAAUUUUGUAAACUAACAGUUAUCUUGAAAACAAAAAUAAACACUUUUGUUGAAAUUCACACAGGAACAAAUCAAAACCAAACUAUACAAAUUUGAGUUGAAUUAAGUGCCUGUAGUUAGUGGUUACAAUUUAAAAUGAUAUAUCUAAAUUGUAAACUUUAUGCUUUUUGUUCAGAAUUGCCUAUACCAAGUAAUCGUAAGUGUAAGUGAAUAAAGGUACAUGUUUUAUCAGCAUGAUAUUUUAUGGAAUUUUGAAGUUAUACAAUGUUCCAUGUAAAUCAAUUCGUUCCACACCGCAUCUGUUUUUACUCAAGGCAUCAAAUUAUAGGCAAAAUUUUCAACAAUCUGUAAGCAGGACAAUCUCAAUCCACAUACAAUGAGUAUGUCCACGGCAUAUACAAGAAGUCACUUAGCUCUUGCCUUUUUUUAUUUAAAACAUGAACUGUUACUGUAACUAACUAUUUAAUAGCUAGUUGUAGUACCUGUCGUUUGUUUCUGCUACAAGUGAAGACUUUUUAUUGGCUCUCAGUCACCUAGUUUAUAGUUACUUAGGUAAUUUAAUCCUCCAUAUGUUAAAUAAAAAAAUCGACACUCAGCCGCGCAGUCGCCGCUCCCACAUUUGUCAAAAUAUGACAUUUUCAAGAUGAUGUUAGUUCCCAAAUAUACCAACUGCCUUCUUAUCUAUAUAGUUGUGAGCUGUUAUAAUUUAGUUUGACAUAUGCCCGCUUCAAUAUUUUACUCUCUGUCUAUAUGCCAAAGUGAUGACCUUUACUACAAAAGUAUGAAUCUUAUAAUACUUUGCUUCAAAAAUUUACAUAUAUUGUCUACAAAUGGGUAUAGUUUCAAAAAUACACACAGGCGAUAUAAACCCUUGUUAAAUAUAAACUAAGUUACCAUGAUUACUUUGAGAAAGACCUAAUUAGGCAGUUUUAGUACACUAUACUCAUGUUUGGAGAAUUAACAUGGAAAUUUUUUAUACAACAAAACACUAGCAAAAGUAAUAAAAAUAUAAUAAAGUUAAAAUAUAAAUGUUAUGUAUUUGUAAAAAAGACUCUGGAAUAAACUAUUUGGUGAAAUUAUAUAUAUAUUUAAUACUUUAUUUUCAUUGCUUCUAUAAGAAACCAACUUUAAAACCACAAAGAAUCAUAUAGAUCGUUUUGCUUUAUGUUUUAAACUACCUCUAUAUUUUAAGUGAAGUUGCAAUUUCAACUAAUGCUACUGAAAAUAAUAAUAGCUAAGUGAUGUAUGAAUAUUCUCAAAAUCUAAAUACAUUUGUGUACACCUUCUCAUGAACAUAGAUGUAGAAGAUAAGUAUGAACUUAGAGACGUGAUAAUUGCUUUUAAGUUUAAAAUAAAUGCCAAAUAAA